AUGUCUGAAAACAUUUUUUCAUAUAUGAGUAAACAAACAAAAAUUUUUGAUACCAGUAACGAGAAUAUCAAGGUAACAGUCGAAGGGAUAAAUGGUGAUAUCGCGAGGAUUUUUCUUGUAGAUAAAAAUGAUAAGCCGUAUGAGUCGACGGAUGUAGUUUUUAUGAAUGCGACGACUGGAGAAGAAUUACACCCCAUAAGUUUCAAGGAUGAAAAAAGCUAUUUUAUAACUUGGAUGUAUAACUAUAAGUUAUCCGUGGAUGAUAAGCAAAUUUUUAUGCUAAAACAACGAAAAGAGCAAAUCAGAGCGAUUG